AUGCACUGCCUACACUGGUCAAUCUUCACUGACGUAACAUUGUGCCUAUUCCAAUCUGUGCUCAAUGCCAAAAUUAUCCUGAAGAUGCUCUCCAUGCGACGAAAUGCUGUUCAUUUUGGUCGCCCCCAAUUGCCCGUGGAUAGCAUAUGCAGCAAAGCAGGAAGUUAUUUGCAAGAAUUUUUGCAAGCCCAGACAGAGGAGCCUGUUCCAAGUCGUCCUCCUCCCAUGCAACAAUGGUGUCCUCCAGAUCAUCAUUGCUUAAAGAUAAAUUUCGAUGCCGCGGUGUUUCGUCGAUCAAGUAUGGCGGCCAUUGGUGUCGUUGUCCGCAACAAUGCAGUGGCGGAUCUUGAAGCCUUAGCAUGUUUGAAGGCUGUCCAAUUUGCUCUGGAACUGGGUAUUACUCGAGUGGUGUUUGAAGGUGAUUCAGCAGUUGUCAUUAAUGCCCUUCUACACAGUGCGGGUGCAUUUGCUAGUUUCGGCAACAUUUUGGAUGAUAUACACAUGCUCUUUGUAGUAUUUCAGUUUGUAGAAUUUGUUUUUGUUAAUCGACGGUGUAAUUCAGUAGUUGAUGCUUUAGCAAAAAAAGCUGAGCUUAUUGUUGGGGCGCAGGUUUGGCUGCACGAAGUGCCAGUAGACAUUGCCCCUUUAGUUCUUAUUGAUGUUCAUUGA